AUGUCCAUAAUUCGGAGAGAAUUCAAAGCAGAGUUCCCCACUUGGAUAUGCCAGUUACCAAGAGUUGAGGAAAGAUGGAGUGCAGAACUACAGACCCUCGAAGGCCAUUUAGAAUCGGUCCGGUCGGUGGCCUUCUCACCCGACGGCGCACGGCUGGCAUCCAGCUCCGAUGAUAAAACCGUGCGUCUCUGGGACACGGCAACAGGCGCGCUGCAACAGACUCUCGAAGGCCAUUCAGAAUCGGUCCGGUCGGUGGUCUUCUCAUCCGACGGCGUGCGCCUGGCGUCCGGCUCUGCUGAUAACACUGUGCGUCUCUGGGACACAGCGACAGGCACGCUACAGCAGACUCUCAAAGGCCAUUCAGACUGGGUUCAGUCAGUGGCCUUCUCACCCGACGGCGCACGGCUGGCGUCCGGCUCCGAUGACCAACUUGUGCGCCUCUGGGAUACAGCGACAGGUGUGCUACAGCAGACUCUCGAAGGCCAUUCAGACUGGGUCUGGUCGGUAGCCUUCUCACCCAGCGGUGCGCGGCUGGCGUCUGGCUCUAAUGAUAAAACUUUACGCCUCUGGGAUACAGCGACAGGCGCACUACAGCAGACUCUCAAAGGCCAUUUAGACUGGGUCUGGUCAGUGGCCUUCUCACCCAACGGCGCACAGCUGGCGUCUACCUCUACUGAUAAAACUGUGCGCCUAUGGGACACAGCGACAGGUGCGCUGCAGCAGACUCUUGAAGGCCAUUCAGAUUCAGUCUGGUCAGUGGCCUUCUCACCCGACGGCGCACGGCUGGCGUCCGGCUCCAAUGACAAAACCGUCCGCCUCUGGGACAUAGCGAUAGGCGCGCUGCAGCAGACUCUGAAAGGCCAUUCAGACUCAGUCUGGUCAGUGGCCUUCUCACCCGACAGUACGCAGCUGGCGUCCAGCUCCGAUGAUAAAACUGUGCGCCUCUGGGAUAUAGAGACAGGUGUAUUGCAGCAGACUCUCAAAGGCCAUUCAGAAUUAGUCCGGUCGGUGUCCUUUUCACCCAACGGCGCGCAGCUAGCGUCCGGCUCCGAUGACCAAACUAUAGGCCUCUGGGACACAGCAAAAGGUACACUACAGCAGACUCUCAAAGGCCAUUCAGACUGGGUUCGGUCAGUAGCCUUCUCACCCAACGGCACACAGCUAGCUUCUAGCUCUGAUGAUAAAACUAUAAACCUCUGGGACCUAGCAACAGGCACACUGCAGCAGACCCUCGAAGGCUAUUCAGACUGGGUUCGGUCAGUGGCCUUCUCACUCGACGGCGCGCGGCUGGCGUCCGGCUCCGAUGACCAAACCGUGCGCCUCUGGGACACGGCGACCGGCGCGUUACAGCGGACACUUAGUGUUAAUGGAAGAGUCACCAACCUGAAAUUUGAUCAGGAUGGAUCAUAUAUAAUCACUAAUCUGGGCUCCCUUGAUGUUCAAUCCGGGUCUGAAAAUCAUGCGUCUAGUUCAAAUAAUGUGAAUCGGGAGAUCUUCAUCGAUCAAGAGUGGAUAAAGCUGAACGGCAAAAACGUUCUUUGGCUUCCUCCUGGGUCUCGGCCUAAUUGUUCCGCGAUCAAUGGCAAUUUACUUGCUCUAGGACACGCAUCAGGGCAGAUUUCAUUUAUAGGAUUUCAAGUCUAG